AUGGACUGCUGGCGUGGAGACAUUUUGUUCUCCGAAUUCCUUUCGGUCAGAGACAUACAUCUGACGACCACACAGCCUUCGACGCUGCUGCAAGAGUACUCCGAGGCGUCUCUCCUAUUUCUAUCUUUGGUAGACACAGCUCGGAUUCCGCUCUACAUAGCAGCAGGACCACCUCUGGAUGUCUGGUCGAACACGCCCGAGACAGAAGCAUGGUUCAGCUCUGCAUUACUCGAGCAGCCACUAGACGCUCCCCAGGACGAGGAUACAAAAGGAGAGCGCCGACCAUGGUGGCAAGAAGCCAGAAUACAGUCUCCUAUUGGAGUUCUGGCGCAGCUCACGUCGCGGACUUCGCGGAACGACCCGGACUCAGCCAGACCGCGCAUCACGGAAAUACUCUUUUACGGCAUAAUCAAUCCUUCGAGUAAUGGGGUCUCACUGGCUUGGCCGCCGGUGUCCUCAACCGGUACAAACGGCACAGAUACCAUAGCGAGUUCGCUAUGCCCGGAAUCCACCCCUCAACUGCGUGUCCAGGCCCUCCCACUCUCGUCCGAUCUCCUCUACAUCAAUCCAACAUCCGCUACGCCUCCGCUCUCACCACGCAAUCCCGUAACAAUGUCCGAUUCCGAAGACGCGCAGUUCCUACCCCCCUUCUUCUCUGUAGCCGCAUCCUCGCCCCUCAAACCGGCCAAGCGCAAGUCCGUCUCCGACGUCUUCGACGAAGCCGCCGAACGCCGCCGAAGAGCCAAACGCCACGGCGGCGAGAGUGUAGCGGCCGCAGCGUCGCGAGCUGAUGGCGCUAUACCGUCAUUGCACCGGCGCUCGCUAUCCUUGAACAAGCAGAACGGCCCCAUUAACACCCUUCCCAUGACGGUUGCAUCGCCGCGCCCACUCUCGCGCUCUCCAAGCAUCUCGCUAGAGCCACGCCCCACCAGCCAGAAAGGGCAAGGCCUGCUAGACGGCCCAUCGAAGCGCUCCUCGCUGUCACGAGUGACGAGUAUCUCGAAUCUCGAAGGCGAGUCGACCAUUGAGACGCGCAACAAAGAAACCAUCUCCAGGCUUGUCAUGGCAGGCAUGCGUAUGCAUGGCCUCCAGCAGCGGAAGAAGCAGGAUAAGUCCGUCGACCAGUUGCCAGAAGACGAAGAGUACAAGCUGGUGUACCACCAGACGUUCAAAGGCGUUGUGUUUGCGUUUCGAAGGCAGAUUGGGACUGUGCAGUUGCAGCUGCAACAGCAUGAGCUCCGUGACACGGUCGAGAAGUUUCUUGGGUUGUUCUGUGAGGAUCCGCUUGCGGUAAUUGGCGGGCGCGGGGGCGAUGCGGAAGCGGUGUGGCCCGCUGCUGCGUCCGGCAGUUGUGCGCUGCUACUGGCCGCAGCAGAGGGACACGUCGACCGGGUCCAGGACUCUAGCAAAGAGCGAUCCAGAGUACAGAAAAUCACCAUCACUGGCCUCCUCAACUGGGUGUAUACCUCACCGGUUGCUUUAUUGGACCUUCCGAGGGAGUGGAAUCGAACUGCCGGCAUGCUUUCCAUUUCCGUUACCGUCUCACUUGACCGGCUCAGAGCGGGCCGCCGCUGCUAG